UAUAAAAGGCUGCACUUACUUGUGUGUUAAAUAAAAAUACAUCGAGUCGAAAAUAUUUUUAAAAACUCGCUGCAGAUGAGACCAAGUCACGUUACCUAAGAAGUACAAAUUAAAAUUUUUUUUAAAUUCACCCAAACCAAGGCUGGUCAUAAAUCAUCAGUCACAAUCGGAGUGCUCUGUGUGAUGAAUUGAACUCACAAUUAUUAAUAUAAUAUAAUUUAAUAUAAUAUAUAAUUUGAAGAUGAAGCUUUUAAUUCACUGAUAAUAAAAUAUGUGGUGACAGCGGAUAUUAUUUUUUAAAGCAACUAAUAGCAGAUGAUGCUGGCUCUAAUUGUGCUGAUGAGUAACAGAAAAAAAAUAAUUAUACAUUAAACGUUCGUGACAUCGACCUUCGAAUAAAUAAUAGACACUAAGGGGUCGACGUUUCAUUUAACAUUUACCUGAUGCAUUACCGAGAGGUUCAUUCACCGGUCACUGUACCUUUCAAACGGCUCAACAAAACCGUCAGUGUCCUUACAACGAGGCAUGUAAUAAAUAUUAUAAAUAAUUAUUACUACCACUAUUUAUAUGACAACAGUGAGAUUGAAUCUUGUUAUCAGUCUUUGGGCUUACACUAGUAACGGAGUGAUAAGGCGCCGCAAUAUAUAUUAUAUUUAUACGUGUACAAUUUCAACAUCGAAAAUGACGACAAUGAAUACGGGUGUGCAGCAUUUGGAGAAAGCGGCCACGACUGCUUGUACCAUGGCGACAAAUUUUUUGGCGCCAGUUAAAACGGAGCAACAAAUUUACGAAAAUUCAAUGCUCGAGGAUGAUCCGAAUGCUAACUCUGUUGUUAGAACAACAAAAACGUUACCUGAACACAGCACUGUCCCCAGAUGGGGGCCCAAUCACAAAGGUGCCCGGGAACUUGCCAAUCUAUAUAGUACAGGAAAGAGAACGCAAGAAUGCAUCUGCGUCGGGAUUUGUAUAACAUUGAUGGCAGUGAAUUCAUUUUUUAUUGUAAUACGAUUAAGACUGGAGAACUUGAGUUCGAUAGUAAUUGCUGCGUUAUGUGGAAUUGUAACUGCAGACUUUAUCUCUGGAUUAGUUCACUGGGCGGCAGACACCUGGGGAUCAGUGGAGUUGCCUAUCCUUGGAAAAAAUUUCCUGAGGCCAUUUCGCGAGCAUCAUAUAGACCCGACAAGUAUAACGAGACAUGACUUCAUCGAAACAAACGGCGAUAAUUUCAUGGUCACUAUACCGGCGCUGUGUAAACUCACGUGGGAUUUUCUUACUCUGCCUGAGCCGGAAAUUCAGCGGAGGUUUCUAUGGAGCUGCUAUUGGUGGCAGCUUGCGAUAUUUGUAGCAAUGACUAAUCAGAUUCACAAGUGGUCUCAUACAUAUUUCGGGUUACCCGGUUGGGUCGUGUGGCUCCAAGAACACCGAGUGAUUCUCCCACGAAGACAUCAUCGGGUUCAUCAUGUUGCGCCUCACGAAACUUACUUUUGCAUAACAACCGGCUGGUUGAAUUGGCCGUUGGAGAAACUAAAGUUUUGGUACAUCCUCGAGACAAUUAUUGAAGCCAUAACUGGUUACAAACCACGUGCUGAUGAUUUUAAAUGGGCGCAAAAGCGCUCUUGAAAGUUACCGAUGUUUCUACAGUCAAUUGUAUGGUGUAUAAUUGUGUAUACAUGCGAUAGAGUUGUUAAUAGGAAGACAAUUACACUAUUGUUAUCUGUAAAGACGCGUACGGGGCUGGACCCCGUGACAUGACAAUUAACAUACUCCGAUUUAUAAGUGUUUUUUUUUUUCGCACAAGACAAUUAUCGUCAGCACAUAUUAUUUUUAUGUUACUACAUGUGAAAAAUAUUGCACUCAUAUAUUGUGAAAAAUAGAUAUAAUGAUAUAUACAUUUAUAGAGUUGCAAUUUUUAAAGUAAACGCAAUGCCGAAAUGUGCUUUUUAAUAUUUACACAUUGAUUAUAUUUUUUUAGUACAUCGAAGGGUAAUAAUUAAUUUGUAAUUUAA